GAAGUAUUCAAGAAAGAAGAAACGUCUAAAUUUUUGUUUUGUGGUUAUGUUUGUAAUGUGAUAAACCAAAACCAUAUUAUUAUAAAAUAAAUUAUAGAAUUAAUCUAAUAAAACUUUUCAAUGAUUGAAAAUUUCCACUUAUUGACGUGUAUACUUUAUUCCAGUUUGGAAUUAUAGAACUUAAUUGAAUAAUUAAUUUGCGAAUUAGAUACCAUUUACAAUGUCAAAAACAGAAGACAGGGGCAAACCUCUGGGAAAUCCAUACGAUAUCAACGGCACAUACUUUAAUCCAGAUAUGUAUCUUCAGAAAAUACUCAAGGAAAGUUCUUUAAAACAAGUAAUGGAUAAAGAAACAGAGGUUGUACGUGAUACUCAGUCAUUACAUUCAGAAAUGCAAACACUUGUUUAUGAGAAUUACAACAAGUUCAUCUCAGCCACCGAUACUAUUAGAAAGAUGAAAAGUGACUUCAAAAAGAUGGAGGAUGAAAUGGAUAUGCUUGCUAAGAAUAUGGGAUCUAUAACAUCAUUUUCAGAAUCAAUAUCGUCUACUCUACAGGAUACCAGGCAACAAAUCUCGAAGCUGUCUGGAGUACACACCUUACUGAAAAGACUGCAGUUCUUAUUCAAAUUGCCUUCAAAACUUAAAUUACAAAUGGAAGAGGGGAACUAUUCAGAGGCAGUGAGAGACUAUCUGCACACUCAAAGAGUGCUGGAACAGUACGGAAAUUUGGAAUCUUUCCAGGGAAUCCAGCAAGACUGUAACGCCAUACUGAAAGAACUUAUGGAUCAGCUUCGCAAUAAAUUCAAAAGUCAAGAUUGUUCAGCCAAGGAGGUAGCUGAGAGCAUAGAUCUGCUACUGCAGCUAUCGGAGCCAGCCGAAGUGCUCUGUGCUGAGUUUCUCAACCACUCUGAAUCCCGACUAAACACUCAGCUUCAGGCAUUGAAAAUUUCACCGGGACAGGAUAUAAUAGAGUUUGUUGAUCUUGGAAGCAGUGGUUUCUUGAGUGAUCUCUGCUUCGUUGCCACUUCGUUCACAGACAUGUUUGUCAAUAAAUCCAACUACCAUGACGACGAGAUGUCGGCCAAGCUGUCAUUGUUUGUGAAGAGCAAGAUGGAUGCCUACCUGGAGGUGGUGCAGUGGCGCGUGGAGCUGGAGCAGGAGGUGGGAGACACGGCCAUGUUGGUUCGCGCCCUCGACCGCUUCCACCGCCGCCUCACUGCCAUCAACUCGCUCACCGCCCACGCUGACUUCGCCAUGAUGGCAACAGAGAUAGUGAUACGGGCAGGGCGUCGCCAGUGUCGCUCUCACUUGCACACACUGAAGGCGCACCUGGCUGACAGUCUGACGAGUGUCAGACAGAGCUUGGCUGCGCCUAGGCUCACCUCACAGGAGGCCUCCACUGCCGGCCUCUCCACUGAGCUGGUCACCUCCCUCGUCCUCUCCACCGUUGAGAAGAUCAAAGGGGUCCUGCAGGAUUUGAAGGUGUUCUUGCAGCCGGAGCUGGCGUUCAUGUCGAAGCGUCUGUUCGUGGAGUCGUUCUGCGCAGAAUCGGUGCGCGAGUGCCUGGUGGUCGGCUUCAUGCAUCACCUCACUGCGACUGCGCGCUCCUUCACCGCCCCCCACUCCGCCCUCGCACUGCCCUGCCCCACUCUCGCCCUCCUCCUCAUACUCACCAAGAUGUGCCUCGAGUUCGAGGCAACCAGUGUCCACUAUCUGUUGAAACUGACAGACGAAUGGUUCAACGUCGAGGAGCAUUGCGGCCAAACGAUGCAGGGAUGGACCGAUGAGUCUGAAAUUUGCACCGAACUGAGAUCCGCUGCUCAGGAUCUGGUCAAUCAUUAUGUGCGAAUGCAGGGAUUGGCUAUAUCACAGAUGUUGCGAAAAUCAGUUGAAACGAGAGUCCCCAGCCGUUCUCGGACUUUUCACCCACUCUGUAUACUACCUCUAUUUCUCAUGUUCCAAUACCUUGUUAUAUCAGUGCUACAAGGUUUUGAUCAAGUGGUAAACUCACCUUCUGGAUACUCAUUGUGUAGUGUCUGUUUGCAGGUAGGCAUGCUGUUCGAGGAAGGCUCGCGUGCCGAGCGGAGCUCUGACUCCAGCCGCAAGACGCACUCGCGCCACCAACACCGCAGCCUCACCAACUGGUCGUCUCACUCGCACUCCAUGGCCGCCGCCGCCGCCACUCACAUCCACAAACUCUUCUCUGAGCGCAUCGAGAUAUUCGCUCCUGUCGAAUUCUCAAAGGUCUCCAUCCUCACCGGCAUCAUCAAGAUCAGUUUGAAGACAUUCUUGGAAUGUGUGAGGUUGCGGACUUUCAGCAAAUACGGCUUGCAACAAAUCCAGGUUGAUACACAUUACUUGCAACUGUAUCUUUGGCGGUUUGUUGCUGAUGAGAAUCUGGUCCAUUUCCUUCUGGAUGAAAUCCUGGGUAGUGCAAUUAACAGAUGUCUGGAUCCCGUUCUCAUGGAGCCCAGUGUUGUCGAAAUAAUAUGUGAAAGGAUUUGAGAGUAUAGUGAUUGAAUUAAGAAUUCAUAGAUACAACAUCGUGAUGAAUUAUUAUGAACUGCAAUACAGUAUAACAUUGAAGUACUGUAUGAUGAGAAAUACACAGAUACGUCACUGUGCAAUCCGUGACUUAUUGUUCUUAUGAAGUGCUACACCAAAGUCAAUUUAAUUGACAAUUUUUUUCUGGACAUAUAAUUAUAAGAGGAGCUUACCAAUGUUCUUGAAUCGUAAUAGUGAUACUUCAUUCAUUCUCUACUGAUUCUGGUUAUAAUUUCAAAUAUUUAUGUUGUUUGCAUGAAAUUAAUUUAUUGAAUAAAAUUAUACAUUUUAUCAAGUACUGUA